AGAGUGGCCCCAACUUUUUACUGUGGAAGCGUGGCAGCUUCCAAGCUUGACCGGGGUCACGCCUGUGCUGUGCUGCUGCUGUUGCUGGUGAACUUGUGAACAAACCCGUCGCAAACGACGAUAAACCGUUGACGAGCGACGACCAUACCACGACCAAUUCAAACGAUACACCGACGGCUCCAAUAUCUCCCCCAUCAACUACCACAAUCGGUCACGGACAACACGUAAAAAAAACAACCGCCAAAAUGAGGGCCAUCCUCCCCCUCCUCUCCCUCGCCUCCAUGGCCCAGGCCCUCUACUUCUACAUCGACGUAACAACCCCCCGCUGCUUCUUCGAAGAGCUUCCCAAAGACACCCUCGUAGUAGGUCACUACGUAGCCGAAGAAUGGGACGACCAGCGCCACCACUGGGCCAAGCACGAGGGCAUCUCGAUUUACAUUUCCGUUGACGAAAUCUUCGACAACGACCACCGCGUCGUCUCCCAGCGCGGCGGCCCCUCGGGCAAAUUCACCUUCACCGCCGCCGAAGCCGGCGACCACAAAAUCUGCUUCACCCCCUCCUCCUCCAGCGGCCGCUCCUCCUGGCUGAGCAUGGCCCAGCCCAACGGCGGCAUCCGCCUCACCCUCGACAUGGCCAUCGGCGAGACCUCGGCCAUCGACAGCAGCGACAAGUCCAAGAUUGCCGACCUGGCCACCCGGGUCAAGGACCUGAACGCGAGGCUGAAUGACAUCAGGAGGGAGCAGGUGUUUCAACGUGAGAGAGAAGCCGAAUUCCGUGAUCAAUCCGAGUCCACCAACGCUCGCGUCGUCCGCUGGAUCUUGAUUCAAUUGUUUGUCCUUGCUGGUACCUGUGCUUGGCAGCUGAGCCAUCUUAGGAGCUUUUUUAUUAAGCAGAAGCUAACGUGAGAGAACAAUUUUGGGGCAUGACAAAAUGAAGGAGAUGAGGGGGGGUGUGCGUUUUAUAUAUGUUGAAAUAAGAAAUGUUCGUUUGUUAGUUGUUGCCGUGGUUGGUGGUUGUGGUUAUGAAAUUUAGAAAUAAGACUUGCCAAUGGGAAAAUGGUCUGUCUUUCUGUCUAUAAUGUAUGUAUGUCUGUCGUGGGAGUUAUGAAAUCAUAAAGAUCAGGGAUUGUGUUUCAAGGCUGGAGGUGGAAAAUGGUCCUAUAAACAUUGCUGGUGUCAGUGGAAACCCAGAGUUCUUCAGAUGCAAUGUGAUGCCUGGAUGGGUAUUGUAUGUUGUGCUUGCUCACUGGAGGUGAUGAGACCAGAAAA